AUGGGCAAAGUUGGGGUCGUUUUAGGAAUAGGAGUUGAUCUUUUGAAGACUAGCCGAUUUCAGCAAUUACUUUUGAAGCAUGAAAAGCAGGUAAACUCUGAUUUUGCAAAAAGAUUAUCACAAAGAAUAUUACAUCCUAAGAGGGAACUACCGAGUUUUGAAGAAGCGGCUGAAGCCAAUGAUCUCAGAAGGUGCACUCUGAUACUUUCAGGUAGUUGGGCUGCGAAAGAAGCUGCUUUUAAGUCGUUGGAUAUUGAGGAUCAGAGCGAGUUUCAAUUCAAGGAUUGGUAUCGAUUUUAUAAUGGACGGGGGAAGCCAUAUAUUCAAAGUGAUGACUAUCAAUUAAAGAACCCUGAUGAAGAAUUCUUAUUGAGUAUAUCGCACGAUGUAGAUCUACUAGUUGCGUAUGUUACAAGACAACUGCUAAAAUAG